AAUGAUACCGACGAAUCUGAUGAAGAGGUUAUUAUAGUGAUUAGGAAAAGAUAUACGGUGCGUCCACGUCCGGAUUUAUUUAAUGAUUGCGACAACGAGGAAUUUUUUAGACAGUUUCGCUUCCGUAAGCCGACUGUGCAAGUAAUUCUAGCUCUUAUCGAACCUAGAAUAAGAAGCAGAACCGACAGAAAUAAAGCUGUGGAUCCUUUACACCAAUUAUUGCUGACUUUAAGAUUUUUUGCAACUGGGAGUUUUCAACUUGUAAUUGGUGAUCUUGGUGGGAUACACAAAUCUAUGAUGUGUCGAAUCAUAAAGAAGGUUACGGAAGCCAUAGCAGCCUUACGCCCACAAUACAUUCGAUUUCCUAAUACAGAUCUGGGUCUGCAACAAAGCAGAACAAAAUCGUAAAAUAUCGCUCGCUUCCCUCGAGUUGUGAGAGCUAUUGAUUGUACUCACAUCAAAAUACAAUCAUCAGGGGGAGAUGAGGCAGAGGAAUAGCGUGAUAGAAAAGGACUUUUUACAAUCAACGUACAGGCCAUUUGUGAUAGUAAUCUAAAAUUCUUAGAUAUCGUAGCUCGAUGGCCUGGAUCAACCCAUCAUUUGACAAUUUUUAAUGCGAGUAGAAUACGUGCAAGGUUUUUGAAUGCUGAAAUGGGAGAUGCACUAUUACUUGGGGAUAGUGGUUAUGCGUGUACAAAUUUGUUGUUAACACCACUGCUUCAAACACUAACUCGAGCACAUGAAUUAUACAAUAAAUCGCAAAUACGGACGCGAAAUGUGAUUGAAAGAAGUUUUGGACUGUGGAAACGAAGAUUUGCUGCAUUAGCUUUUAGUUUAAGAGUGCAACCACUCGCAACUCAAGCUAUAAUAGUAGCUACUGCUAUACUGCACAACAUUGCACAGAAUGAAGGAGAACCUGAACCCCCAUUUGAUGACGAUUCAGCAGCCAAUUAGACAUUGACGGCAUACAACAUCCUAAUGGCAAUGAUAAUACUAUUGUACGCCGAUCACUAAUUGAUACACACUUCGCACGCCUUGCCCGUUAAAGAAUGAAGAGGAUCAAAAUCAAUUAGGGUUGUCACAAGACUGAAAUUUUAACUGGGUAAAGUAUAAAACUAUACAUAACGAAUUUGGAUUCCUUGUAUUUUUAGAUGUAGAAUGCAUUUGGCAUCAGUAACAGAAAUGUAAAAUACAUAUUUACAUACAUUUAACAAAAACGUAAUAUAUGUUGAAUGCAUUUGGUACAUUAUAGUAAGAAAGUGUCAGUUUAUCAGUAACGCAAUAUACAUUACUGAACGUCAAUUUUUCUGUAUUAUGUCAAUAUCAAUGCAUUUGUCAUAUACUUGAUAGUAAAAAAGAGUAUAUUUGAAUAUAUAUGAAAGAUGACGAAAUUGGAAAGCAAUUGAUGAAAAUCAAUUCAAUGAAUCAAAAAACAAUAAAGAUUGAAAAAAUAAAUUAAAUAAAAAAAAAAAAAAAAAAUAGAGCCGGCAGGACUUGGCGGGCUAUUUAGGAGAAAAAAUUCAGAAUUCUUGCAGGGCAAUAUAACAUGUCUACUACGUUUGUCUACUACGCAUAAAAUGUUUAAACAAUAAUAUCUGCAAAACGCUUGGC